UCCAAUAUUCCAAACCCAAAACAAGACAGACAGACAACACGAAAGAAAAACAAAAAAUCAAAAAUGGCGGUGAAGAAGAAAAUCUCUUGGAGAUCAUUAGUCGCUAGCUGUUUAGGGGAUCCAGAUAUCACAAUGGAUCCUCCACAGAAACCCAAGAGAAAAGAUGAGGUCAUCAAGAAACAGAGCUCGUUUCAGAGACUAUCGGUUCUUGAUUUGAGCAACCCGAGUUCCAACACUUUAUCAGAAGACUUAUCGAUUUCUCUCGCUGGCUCAGAUCUUCACAAAUUCACGCUCGGCGAGCUAAAAGUCAUUACACAAUGUUUUUCCUCAACCAACUUCCUCGGUGAAGGAGGGUUUGGUCCUGUUCAUAAAGGAUUUGUUGAUGAUAAGCUUCGUCCUGGUCUUAAAGCUCAGCCUGUUGCUGUUAAAUUGCUCGAUCUUGAAGGUCUUCAAGGUCACCGUGAAUGGCUGACAGAAGUCAUGUUUCUCGGACAACUUAAACACAAAAAUCUUGUGAAACUGAUUGGCUAUUGCUGCGAGGAAGAACAUAGGACUCUUGUUUACGAGUUUAUGCCUCGUGGAAGCUUAGAGAAUCAACUUUUCAGAAGAUAUUCAGCGUCGCUUCCAUGGUCAACGAGGAUGAAGAUCGCUCAUGGAGCUGCAACGGGUCUUCAGUUUCUUCAUGAAGCAAAAAAUCCUGUAAUAUAUCGGGAUUUCAAAGCUUCCAAUAUCUUGUUAGAUUCGGAUUACACAGCUAAACUCUCUGACUUUGGAUUAGCCAAAGACGGACCAGAAGGAGACGACACGCACGUUUCAACGCGCGUGAUGGGCACGCAAGGUUACGCAGCACCUGAAUACAUCAUGACCGGUCAUCUAACAGCGAGGAGUGACGUCUAUAGCUUCGGAGUUGUGUUACUCGAGCUUUUGACCGGUAGGAGAUCAGUAGACAAGAAAAGAUCUUCAAGGGAACAAAAUCUUGUGGAUUGGGCUCGUCCAAUGCUAAAGGACGCUCGUAAACUUGAUAGGAUCAUGGACCCGAGGCUUGAAGGUCAAUACUCAGAGGCAGGUGCAAAGAAAGCAGCGGCUUUGGCUUACCUGUGCUUAAGCCAUCGACCCAAGAACCGUCCUUGUAUGAGCACGGUCGUCUCUAUCCUCAACGAUCUUAAGGACUAUAAUGAUAUUCCCAUGGGGACAUUCACUUACACGGUUCCGAACACUCCCGAGAAGUCAGUUUCCGAUAAUAGAGAAGACGAAGGUCGUGUUAGGGAAAGUAAUAAGCCUCGUAAGAGUCAUCAUCAUCGAGAAAACAAUCAUCAUCAUCGAUUAUCGCCAACAGCUAACUCUCCUAGGACUAAGUCUCCAACACCUAAGUCGCCCGGCGGAGGAAACCACCGGACAACUUUGAGAAAUGGACUGAACUCGCCUAUGAGAAGUGAGGCUGGUGGCGAACGGUACUAAGUUUUCUGGUCUCACCUACUCUUCAAAUUAUUAUUAUAAAAAAGUCUUAUGUAAAUAAUUAAAUAGUUUAUUGUUUUUCAUCUCUGAAA